AUGCCAGUUUCCAAGCUUCCAAUAAAAAUAGGACAGCAGAACACACAUACCAAAGUCAGUACUGAGCACAACAAGGAAUGUCUAAUCAGUAUUUCCAAAUACAAGUUUUCUUUGGUUAUAAGCGGUCUCACUACUGUUUUAAAGAAUGUUAACAAUAUGAGAAUAUUUGGAGAAGCUGCUGAAAAAAAUUUAUAUCUCUCUCAGUUGAUUAUAUUGGAUACACUGGAAAAAUGUCUUGCUGGGCAACCAAAGGACACAAUGAGAUUAGAUGAAACGAUGCUGGUCAAACAGUUGCUGCCAGAAAUCUGCCAUUUUCUUCACACCUGUCGCGAAGGAAACCAGUGUGCAGCUGAACUUCGGAAUUGUGCCUCUGGGGUUUUAUUUUCUCUCAGCUGCAACAACUUCAAUGCAGUCUUUAGUCGCAUUUCUACCAGGUUACAGGAAUUAACUGUUUGUUCAGAAGACAAUGUUGAUGUUCAUGAUAUAGAAUUGUAUCAGUAUAUCAAUGUGGAUUGUGGAAAAUUAAAACGACUCCUGAAGGAAACAGCAUUUAAAUUUAAAGCCCUAAAGAAGGUUGCGCAGUUAGCAGUUAUAAAUAGCCUGGAAAAGGCAUUUUGGAACUGGGUAGAAAAUUAUCCAGAUGAAUUUACAAAACUAUACCAGAUCCCACAGACUGAUAUGGCUGAAUGUGCAGAAAAGCUAUUUGACUUGGUGGAUGGUUUUGCUGAAAGCACCAAGUGUAAAGCAGCAGUUUGGCCACUACAAAUCAUUCUCCUUAUCUUGUGUCCAGAAAUAAUCCAGGAUAUAUCCAAAGAUGUGGUUGAUGAAAACAACAUGAAUAAGAAGUUAUUUCUGGACAGUCUACGAGAAGCUCUUGCUGGCCAUGGAGGAAGUAGGCAGCUGACAGAAAGUGCUGCAAUUGCCUGUGUCAAACUGUGUAAAGCAAGUACUUACAUCAGUUGGGAAGAUAACUCUGUCAUUUUCCUACUUGUUCAGUCCAUGGUGGUUGAUCUUAAGAACCUGCUUUUUAAUCAGAAGCCGUUCUCAAGAGGCAGUCAGCCUGCAGAUGUGGAUCUAAUGAUUGACUGCCUUGUUUCUUGCUUUCGUAUAAGCGCUCACAACAACCAACACUUUAAGAUCUGCCUGGCUCAGAAUUCACCUUCUACAUUUCACUAUGUGCUGGUAAAUUCACUCCAUCGAAUCAUCACCAAUUCGGCAUUGGAUUGGUGGCCUAAGAUUGAUGCUGUGUAUUGUCACUCGGUUAAACUUCAAAAUAUGUUUGGUGAAACACUUCAUAAAGCAGUGCAAGGUUGUGGAGCACACCCAGCAAUACACAUGGCACCGAUGCCAACCAGUCACAGUUUUGCAUGGCAGUGGGCUUCUGUGGCUGUUGAGACUGAGCUAAAGUUAAUCUGUGGCGACGUUCUGGAUGUACUGGACAAACACCUCAUUCCAGCAGCUACCACUGGCAAGUCCAAGGUUUUGUAUUAUGAAAUGAAAGGGGACUACCACAGGUAUCUGGCAGAAUUUGCCACAGGAAAUGACAGGAAGGAGGUGGCAGAGAACAGCCUGGUGGCUUACAAAGCUGCUAGUGAUAUUGCAUUACAGAUGUAGAGCUAAAACGACUGAAGGAUGCCUUCAAGAGGACCCGUGGACUCUCAUAUUACAUGGGCCAGCACUGCUUCAUCCGGGAAGUGCUUGGGGAUGGAGUGCCUCCAAGAGUUGCUGAGGUGAUUUACUGUUCUUUUGGUGGAACAUCCAAAGGGCUGCACUUCAAUAAUUUAAUAGUUGGACUUGUCCUCCUUACAAGAGGCAAAGAUGAAGAGAAAGCAAAAUGUAAGUACUUUUAUUAUCUCAAAAAUAAUACAUCUAUGUACAGAAUAAUUUAUCUCAAAAUUCUGAUGACAGGUAGAGGAUUUGAAUUGACA